GCAUUUCCCUUUUUUUAGUUUUUGGUUCACACCCAACUUAUUUAGGGAUUAUUCCUGACUCUGUGCUCAGGGAUCACUUUUGGCUUCUAGCAGACUUGAGGGACCAUUCUAGGGACCAGUGACAGGGAUCUAACCUGGGUCAGCCAUUUCCGGGGAAAGCAUUUUGCCUGCUGUACUAUCUCUCUGGUCUGUUUCAUUUUUAUCAUAGAUUGACUGGUCCAGGCUGUGCCGGCCAUAAUGACUUCAACAAGUAAAGCAAUUGAGUUACAACUUCAAGUGAAACAAAAUGCGGAAGAAUUACAAGAUUUUAUGAGAGAUUUACAAAAUUGGGAAAAAGAUAUUAAACAAAAGGAUAUGGAACUAAGAAGACAGAAUGGGGUUCCAGAAGAGAAAUUACCACCUAUUCGAAAUACGAAUUUUAGGAAAAAAAAAAAAGGCAAAGCUAAAUCACCUUCUAAAACAACUAAAAUCGAAAACACAAAAAAUAGAAUAAGAUCCUAUGAUUAUGAAGCUUGGGCCAAACUUGAUGUGGACAGUAUCCUUGACGAGCUUGAUAAAGAAGAAAGUACUCAUGAUUUUGUGUCUCCAGAAUCAGAGUCAGAAGAAGAUGGAAUUCAUAUAGAUUCCCAAAAGGCUCUUGCUCUAAAAGAAAAGGGCAAUAAAUACUUCAAACAAGGAAAAUAUGAUGAAGCAAUUGAAUGCUACACCAAAGGCAUGAAUGCUGAUCCAUAUAAUCCCGUGUUGCCAACAAACAGAGCAUCAGCAUACUUUAGAUUGAAAAAAUUUGCUGUUGCUGAAUCUGAUUGCAAUUUAGCAAUUGCCUUGAAUAGAGAUUAUACAAAAGCAUAUGCCAGACGAGGUGCAGCUCGCUUUGCUUUGCAAAAAUUAGAAGAUGCCAAAAAAGAUUAUGAAAAAGUCUUAGAACUGGAGCCAAAUAAUUUUGAAGCAGCGAAUGAACUGAUGAAAAUUAAUCAGAUGUUCACACCCAAUGAAAACUCUUAUCCAAAGGAAGUUGAUCCAGUCAUUAAGUCAACUGAAGAAGAGAAAAAAAUAAAAGAGAAACAGAAUAAGCAGCAGGCUAUAUCACAGAAAGAUCUGGGAAAUGGAUUUUUCAAAGAGGGAAAAUAUGAAAGAGCAAUUGAAUGCUAUACACAAGGAAUAGCAGCAGAUGGCGCUAAUGCUCUUCUUCCUGCUAAUAGAGCAAUGGCCUAUCUGAAGAUUCAGAUGUAUGAAGAGGCUGAAAAAGAUUGUACACAAGCUAUAUUUUUAGACGGUUCAUAUUCUAAGGCGUUUGCACGAAGAGGAACUGCAAGAACGUUUUUGGGCAAGUUAGUUGAAGCCAAGCAAGAUUUUGAAACUGUUUUACUUUUGGAACCUGGAAAUAAGCAAGCUGUAACUGAACUUUCCAAAAUUAAAAAGGAAUUAAUUGAAAAAGGACACUGGGAUGAUGUCUUUCUUGAUUCUACACAAAGACAAAACGUGAUAAAACCCAUUAAUAAUCCAUCUCGUCUUGGAUCAACUAGCCCACUCAGGAAGAUUAUUAUAGAAGAAACUGGUAAUUUGAUACAGACCAUUGAUGUGCCAGAUAGUACUACUGCUGCUUCUCCAAAGAAUAAUCCUAUUAAUCUAGCAAAUGUAAUAGCAGCCACAGGCACUGCAAAUAAGAAAAUUCCAAGCCAAGAUGGCCCUUUAUCCACAAGUGAUAUUCCAAAAGCCAAAGUACUGAAAAUAGAAGGAAUCAACGAGUCUUCAGAUCUUAAGCCUCAAGUGAAUUUGAAACAGAGUAAUACUUCUGUAGAGCCAGACAAAGUACCCUCUCAGUUUAUCACAGCUGUCCCUCCGGUUCCUGCCAACUCAUUCCAACUUGAAUCUGAUUUUAGACAGUUGAAAUGUUCUCCAGAUAUGUUGUAUCAGUAUUUGAAGCAAAUUGAGCCAUCUUUAUAUCCUAAGCUGUUUCAGAAAAAUUUAGAUCCAGAUGUAUUCAACCAAAUCAUUAAAAUUCUGCAUGACUUUUACAUUGAGAAAGAAAAACCAUCACUCAUCUUUGAAAUUUUGCAAAGACUUUCUGAAUUAAGACGCUUUGAUAUGGCAGUGAUGUUUAUGUCAGAACCUGAGAAAAAACUUGCACGUAUAUUAUUCAAUCACAUAGAUAAAUCAGGAUUAAAGAAUAAUUCUCUUGAAGAACUCAAGAAAAGAUAUGGUGGUUGACUCCAUUUUUACUGAAAUUAUCUUUGCUCUUAAUAAGUAAAAUUUUUUCUACUGAAAAUAGUGCAUGUGACGUUUUAAGACAAUGAAAUCACAUAGAAAAGGACUAUUGAAUUAUAGUUAACUACAAAAUAAAUUUAAAUUGCAAAUUGAAGUCAAAUACUUAAAAUUCUUAUUCUGAAAAUAAAAGUGAAUGAUUUGUUUUUGUAAAUA